CUCUGGCUGUCGGAGAGUCCAGGAGAGGAGCUCACUGAAGUUCAUGUUUUCUUCUCGGAGAGUCGGUAAAAUGUGUCACUCCUCACUCUGCGGCCAGAGAACUUUUCCGAAGCUCCACUGAACAAGUUUGAAGACAUGGCAGCUUCUGAACUUUACUCCAAGUAUGCCCGUGUAUGGCUCCCAGAUGCAGAAGAAGUGUGGAAAUCAGCAGAGCUCAUCAAAGACUACACUCCCGGAGACCUGACACUGUCUCUGCAGCUGGAGGAUGGCACGACAGUGGAGCACAAAAUAGACCCUCGAACCAACAACCUGCCGCCGCUAAGAAACCCCAAUAUCCUGGUGGGGGAAAAUGACCUUACAGCUCUCAGCUACCUCCAUGAGCCAGCAGUGCUACACAACCUGAGAGUGCGCUUUAUCGACUCCAAGCUGAUUUACACAUACUGCGGAAUUGUCCUGGUUGCCAUCAAUCCUUAUGAGAGCCUUCCUAUCUAUGACACUGACAUCAUCAAUGCCUACAGUGGGCAAAAUAUGGGGGAUAUGGACCCUCAUAUCUUUGCUGUAGCAGAGGAAGCAUAUAAACAGAUGGCCAGAAAUGAAAGAAAUCAGUCCAUCAUCGUGAGUGGUGAGUCUGGGGCUGGAAAAACUGUCUCUGCUAAGUACGCAAUGCGUUACUUUGCCACAGUCAGCUGCUCCUCCGGUGAAUCCAACGUCGAGGAACGAGUUCUUGCAUCCAGUCCCAUCAUGGAGGCCAUUGGAAAUGCCAAGACAACAAGGAACGACAACAGCAGUCGCUUUGGGAAGUACAUUGCAAUUGGGUUUGACAAGAAGCAUUGUAUAAUUGGGGCGGACAUGAGAACCUACUUACUGGAAAAAUCUAGAGUCGUGUAUCAGGCCCAUGGAGAAAGGAACUACCACAUAUUCUACCAGCUGUGUGCCUCUUCACAUUUACCAGAGUUCAAAGCCUUCAAGUUAGGUUGUGCAGAUGACUUCCAUUGUACUAACCAGGGUCAGAGCCCAGUCAUAGACGGAGUAGAUGAUGCUAAAGAGAUGUGCAAUACCAGGAGGGCUUUCUCGCUUUUAGGAAUUGGUGAAAGUGAUCAAAUGGAAAUUUAUCAAAUUCUGUCAGCUAUUCUCCACCUUAGCAAUGUGGAGGUGAAAGAUCACUCUGCAGACAGAUGCAGCAUUUCGCCAGAUAAUUCCCACCUGAUAGUUUUCUGUGAGCUGAUGGGAGUGCCCUGUGAAGAAAUGGCCCACUGGUUGUGUCACAAAAAGCUCAAGACGACCACAGAAACCUAUGUUAAGUCUGUUUCCAAAAUGAAUGCGGUCUACGGCCGAGACGCCCUAGCCAAGCACAUUUACGCCAGACUCUUCAGCUGGAUUGUGGGCAGGAUUAACCAUGCCUUAAAAUCUGCAGUAAAGCAGCACUCAUUCAUUGGUGUGCUUGAUAUUUAUGGGUUUGAAACGUUUGAUGUCAACAGCUUUGAACAGUUCUGCAUCAAUUAUGCCAAUGAGAAGCUUCAACAACAGUUCAACCUGCAUGUCUUCAAACUGGAGCAGGAGGAGUACAUGAAAGAGGAGAUCCCUUGGACAUUAAUCGACUUCUAUGACAACCAGCCGUGCAUUAAUCUCAUUGAGGCCAAACUGGGCAUCCUGGACCUUCUGGAUGAAGAGUGCAAGAUGCCCAAAGGCUCUGACGACACGUGGGCACAGAAACUCUACAACACCCUCCUGAAGCAGAAUGCUCACUUUGAUAAACCCAGGUUAUCAAAUAGAGCUUUCAUCAUCCACCACUUUGCUGACAAGGUGGAAUACCAGUGUGAGGGCUUCCUGGAGAAAAACAAGGACACAGUCAAUGAGGAGCAGAUAAAUGUGCUGAAACAUAGCAAGUUUGAUUUGCUGCUGAAGCUGUUUGAGGAUGAUGAGAAGCCAACAGGUUCUCCUAGCAAACGUAGCAGCGGCACUGGAAGAGCUGGACCAUCUCAGAGGGAUAAUAAGAAGACCGUUGGGCUGCAGUUUCGACAGUCCCUGCAUUUGCUGAUGGACACGCUAAAUGCUACAACUCCUCACUACGUUCGCUGCAUCAAACCAAAUGACGAUAAAGCUCCCUUUACCUUGGACCCUGUGAGGGCUGUGCAGCAGCUUCGAGCAUGUGGCAUCCUGGAAACAAUCCGGAUUUCAGCGGCAGGCUUCCCAUCUAGAUGGACCUAUCAGGAAUUCUUUAGUCGUUACCGGGUCCUCAUGAAGCAGAAGGAUGCUCUUCCUGAUAGGAAACAGACCUGCAAAAAUCUCCUGGAAAAGCUUAUAAAGGACCAGGAGAAGUACCAGUUUGGCAAAAACAAGAUCUUCUUCAGGGCUGGUCAGGUAGCUUACUUGGAGAAGCUGCGGUCUGACAAACUGCGUAUGGCUUGUGUCCGUAUACAGAAGACGAUCCGCUGCUGGCUGGCCCGCAAAAAGUAUCUGAGGAUGAAGGAAUCUGCCAUUACCAUUCAGAAACAUGUACGGGGUCACCAGGCACGCCGUUAUGUUGAGUUUAUGCGGCAAACCAGAGCAGCUGUUAUCAUUCAGCGCAAUGUACGAAUGUGGGCGAGAAGGAGACGCUACCAGCAGCAGCGUUCUGCAGCUCUCACUAUUCAGUGCUUCUGGAGGGCUUACCUGGCCAGAAAGCAGUACUAUAAGUUGAUGUAUGAGCAAAAAGCUGUGGUCAUUCAGAGGUGGGUAAAAGGCUGGCUGGUCAAGCGACAUUACAGACGCAUCCUUGCAGCCGUCAUCCUGUUACAGAGUUGUGUGCGUCGCAUGAGGGCCAGAAAGGAAUUAAAGAAGCUGAAAGUGGAUGCGCGCUCUGUGGAGCACUUCAAAAAGCUCAACGUUGGCAUGGAGAACAAGAUUAUGCAGUUGCAGCACAAGCUCAUCGAGCAGCAUAAAGAAAACAGAGAGCUCAGUGAGAAGCUGAGUUCUGUGGAGAAGACCCAGAACACGGAUAGAGAUAGACAGAGCAAAGAGAUAGAAAACCUACGUAGAUCAGAGCAGGAGGCCAGAGCCAAGGCAGAAACACUUCCCUCCCUGCUGGAGCAGCUCUCUUUCCUUCAACACGAGCUGGAACAAACCCGCAGAGAGAAAGAAGACCUAGAGGAGCACACAAAGGCCUACAAGGAGCAGACACAACAGGUGGUAGACGAGCUUAACAUGAAGAACACAUCGUUGAAUAACAACAUAGAUGAGCUGAACAAGCAAAUCGUUGAACAAGCCCAACAGUUGACAGAAAUUAAAACCAAUGUUGACAACACAAAACAACUGGAGAAGGACUUGACCGAGGAGCGUUCUCGUUACCAAACUCUACUGAGUGAACACCUGCAUCUGGAGGAGCGGCAUCGCGACCUGAAGGAGGAGAUGGAUCUCAACAUUAGCUCAAGUAAAUCCACUCACAAGAGGACGGACUCCAACUACAGCAGUAACUCAUCUGAGUUUAGUCAGAGUUUAGGCUCUACUGAGGGUGAAGACAGCUCAGCACAAACAGAGGAUGAGACCCAGACUACGGUUGACCUGCCAAUCCUCCUGAAGCUCCAGAGAAGAGUGAAGGAACUGGAGCAGGACAAACAGUCACUAUUACAGCAGCUGGAUAAAAGAGAAGAAGCCCAGCAAGAGAAGGCAAAAGAAGUGGAGGAGCAGAGAACUGUUGGCAGAGCAGAACUGGACUUGGAAACACUAAAGCGACAUGAGCUGGAGUCUGAGAACAAGAAAUUAAAGCAGGAUCUAAAUGAGCUGCGAAAGUCUCUAACCACUGAGAGCACUGAUUUAAUGCCCCCUGCUCCUGGCUCGAUGCCCUACGACGUACUGAUGGAGCAACUCACUUCUUCCAAUGAAGAGCUGGAAAUGCGAAAAGAGGAAGUGCUGCUCCUUCGCUCGCACAUGGUCCGCCAAGAGGCUCUUAAACAUCGGGAUUCUGUGCUGGGAGAAGCUGUGAAGUUAGAUCUCAGUGAAAUCCCCUCAUUUCAAGAUGUUGACAGAUCUACUGACAUCCACACACUAAAUGAAGAUGGAGAACUGUGGCUCGCUUACGAAGGCCUAAAAGAGACCAACAGGCUUCUGGAGUGCCAAAUGCAGGAGCAGGAUCGUGUUCACAGUGACAAGUGCAGGACGCUGGUUGAGGAGGUUAAGAAGCUAAAGGGUGAAAAGGAGCAGCAGCAGAAGCUGUUGGCUCAGAGUCUCCUUUUGCCUGAAGAUGCUCGAAUUGAGGCGAGCCUGAAUCAUGAGAUCACACGGCUCACCAAAGAGAACCUGGAACUCAUGGAGCAAGGAGAAAAACAAGACAAAACCAUACGCAAGCUGAAAAAACAGCUUAAACUUUACAUGAAAAAGGUUGAAGAUUUUGAAGCGAAUGCCAAGCGAAAGAGUAGUGUCUCUGUGACGAACGCUUCCGUCAGAGCAGUGAAUAUCACACGCAAGGAGAAAGAGUACCGGGGCAUGUUGGAGUACAGGGAGGGAGAUGAGAGCUGGUUGCUUAAGAAUCUGGUUACAGAUUUGAAGCCUCGUGGUGUAGCAGUCAGCUUCACGCCAGGACUUCCAGCCUACAUCAUCUUCAUGUGCCUGCGAUAUGCAGACAACGUGAAUGAUGAUCAAAGAGUCAGCUCUCUGCUCAAUGCCACCAUCAGCAGCAUUAAAGGGGUCAUUAAGAGAAGAGGAAAUGAUUUUGAAGUGGUGUCUUUCUGGCUGGCCAACACAUGCAGGAUAUUGCACUGUCUGAAGCAGUACAGUGGAGACGAGGUCUUCAUGAUGCACAACACUCCUAAACAGAAUGAGCACUGCUUGGCCAAUUUUGAACUGUCAGAGUACCAGCAGGUAUUUGGUGAUCUGGCCAUCCAAAUUUACCGUCAGCUCAUCAAAUGCAUGGAGGACAUCCUGCAGCCUCUCAUAGUGGCAAGCAUGCUGGAGCACGAGACAAUCCAGGGCGUGUUAGGGUCCAAACCAACAGGCCUGAGGAAGAAAAGCCCAAGCAUCACAGGAGAGGAGGCUGUUACAGUGGAGGUCCUCCUGCAACGUCUCAGCCUCUUCCACAGCACAAUGAGUCAGCAUGGGUUGGACGCAGACCUCAUUAAACAGGCGGUCAAGCAGCAGUUUUACAUCAUCUGUGCGGUCACACUUAACCACUUGCUGCUAAGGAAGGAAAUGUGCUCCUGGAGUAAAGGCCUGCAGAUCAGGUACAAUGUUUGGCAGCUGGAGGAAUGGCUGACAGAGCGGGAGCUGACUGACUGCGGAGCAAAGGAGGCUCUGGAGCCUCUCAUUCAGGCUGCACAGCUUCUACAGAUCAAGAAGAAGACUGAAGCAGAUGCUCGAGCUAUCUGCACCAUGAGCACUGCCCUGACCACAUCACAGAUUCUUAAAGUACUGACCUUGUACACCCCAGUGAUUGAGUUUGAAGAGCGAGUGACAACUGGUUUCAUUGAAACUAUUAAAAACCUUCUGAAAGACAGAGGUGAGUCAGCCGCCUUAAUGAUGGACACCAAGAAAAUCUUCUCUGUCACCGUCCCGUUCACACCGUCGUCUGUGGCUCUGGAGACCAUUCAGAUCCCUGCGAGCCUUAAACUGAGCUUCCUGACCCGAAUUUAAAUCAGUGACCUCUGACACCUUCUUCUCUUCUUCCCUUCUCCUCAGAGUAAAAACACCAAACACUGUUUGUCACCAAAGUUUGUAUCUAGCAGAAUAUUUUUAUGACAGCAUUAGCUCCAGCAAUCUGAUCAAAAAUCGGAUUGGCUGCUUACACACUUCUGCGCGUUAUGUUUUUAGUGUUGCAAAGCCAAAGAAUAGUAACUACACAAAUAGAAUAUGCAAAAAACGUCUCUUAAAGGUCAUCUCUUGCUACACUUGGGGCAACUUGUGUUGCUGAAUAUUUUGUCAACACACUGGCUCAGUCUUACGUUCAUGUGUCGGAUAUUUCUUGCUAUAGUAUAUAAAUUCAAAGAAUGAAAUGUGACAUUUGACAUUUAAACAUUGGCAAAUGACAUCCCUCUGCUUAUUGGGGUCUAUAAACGCAUCCUGAAAACUAUGAAUUGGAGUGUCUCAGUGGACAGAUUUAAAAAAUACACAAUCAUGAGACAUUUUAAAAUGUUAAUGUGUGUUUAAUUCACAUGUUAAAAAUGUAUUGGCAUAAAAUUCAGGAACUCUAUUUCUAGAGCUACUUAUGGUAUGGUAAAGAAACAAAAAAUAAUUCAACUGUAUAUGUAUUUAACUGAUACUAAAUUAAACCGCAACUAUUUUGAUAAACA